AACUGGCACUGUGGCACACCCAUGAGCUAGCCAACAAGCCCCCGUCGGCUCACGGGACGAGUAGAACCAAACACGGGCCCCAUCUCUCCACCCCCUCCUUCCUUGGCUCCUUCUCCCUCCAAAUCAGUGCGCACUGCAGUUCGGAGCUCUCACCGCCCCGCAAUCACGCCCCGGCCUCUUGCCGCGUCCCUCACUUCCUCCCCUGGACAACCUCGCCUCGACCGCCGAGACCGCCGUCAAGAGCCGGAAGAGAGAGGGCGCGCGCGCGGGAGAGGUUUCUGGAGGUUUGGAGAGGAUGGCACGCGGCAGAUCGGGCUGUACUUCAGGGCCGCAGUGCCUGCUCGGGAUGCUAGGCCUCCUUGUCUGCGCGGCCAUCGCGCCGCCCGCCGCCGCGCUCGACGUCGGCCUCCAGUCCGCCGGCGACGGCGUGCAGAGCAAGCAGGUGUGCAGCCGCACGUGCGAGUCCGACCACUGCACGACGCCGCCGUUCCUGAGGUACGGCAAGUACUGCGGCAUCCUCUACAGCGGCUGCCCCGGCGAGCCACCGUGCGAUGCGCUCGACGCCUGCUGCAUGCACCACGACAACUGCGUCCAGGCCAAGAAUGACUACUUGAGCACGCAGUGCAACGAGGACCUGCUGGAGUGCCUGGGGAAGCUGCGGGAGAGCACGUCGACGUUCGAGGGGAACAAGUGCAUGAUCGACGAGGUCAUCGACGUGAUCUCGCUCGUCAUCGAGGCCGCCGUCAUCGCCGGCAGGGUGCUGCACAAGCCGUAGCCAGCGAGCGCAGCUGGCGGGCGGCGAGGCGCUGCUGGCACACACGCGGUGGGCGUGGAGCCGGCGAGCGCGCCAGGACAAGUAACAACUUGCCUGGUAGGUGGGUGGUACAUGUUUUGCUUGCUUGGUGUAGGUGGUGUCCGGCCGCUGGCCGGGACCCGGGCUGCGUCGGCUCACAUGGGGGCUUAGGUCGUAGCUCCCAGACCAGGCCGAAACUUACGACAAGAUAUAUAUGGAUAUUUACAUGCUUAAUUUUCGGUCAUUUUGCUCACUCGUGGUGCAUCUCGUGUCACACUUUAAUCUGUCCCACUGUUACUUGGAAUAAGAAGAAUUCUAUCAUUCUCUUUUUA